CAUCACCUGCAUGCUGUACAGUUUGCGACGCGCUUGUUGUUUUUCGAGGAGGGCUAAUUUCUCUAUAAAGUCUUAACAGCAAACCCAACUUCACAGCUUUGACGAGAUGUCUUAUCACGACGAGGAGAGCUCGGACAUCGGACCGGUCGGUCAAUCCAAGUUGGAGAGCUUCCUGUUCAGCUGCGAGCUGUCCUCUAAAGUACCUUUCUACACUUUCCAAGGAGACGAAGAGGAGGACCUGGAGCACUUCCUUGAACUUAGAACAGUGUGUCUGGGAGAAGGCUGCAAAGAGGAGAGCAAUGUGGUGGAGGUAACCGCCAUGAACCACCAAGGAAAGACUAUUUCAGUGCCCAUCGCCAACCUUCACACCAGCUGUCUGCCCAUGGUGAGUCUCGGAGAGUUUGAGUUGAAGGCGCCAGUGACCAUCCGGCUGAAGGCUGGGACAGGACCAGUCACUGUCAGCGGGUUACACCUCAUAGCCUCACAGGUCGAAGAGUCGGACAUGUCUGAUGAGGAUUUCGACGAUGAUGAUGAUGAUGAGGAAGAGGAGGAAGACAUCACCCCCAUUAAACCAGCGAAGAAGAAGCAGAAGCAGUAGGCGGAGAGGUCACUGAUUGGUUUUUGGAUAGGCUCCACUCACUCACUGAUUGGUUUUUAGGAAAUACGUUUUUUUGUACCGGACUGACGCAUAUUACAGAGUCACCACUUCUUCCACACAGCCAGGUGAAUGCUUAGUGUGGCAGCUGUUAGGUAAAAGCGCUGUGGGAGGAAGUGACAUCAUGACGGACUCCGACAUUCACUUAGAGAAGAACUGUUUUUCCUGAUAAAUGCUACCCAGUGUUUUAUACUGUAUAUGAUACAGUCACCACUGACAAGGAUUUAUUGCACCAGUGGAUUCUUGUACUGUUUAUAGAUACUGCUCUUGUAAAAGUAAACUCCUUUGUGUAUGUGUGUUUGAGUGUGUGUAUGUACUUGUCAGACAAAACAAGUUUCCAGAUUAAUCAUAAUUCCAGCUGAAUGGUGCAAUUACACGACUCACGUACAGUUUACUUCAUGUUCUCGGCGCACAAGAGUAUCUCCACUUCCAGAUGUUUGUAGUUCCAAAAAUACUGUUUUCUAUGUGAUAUGUCAGAAAUGUGAAGAUUUUGUACUUAGAAUGAAUGCAAGAAAACAUUUGUUUGUGUCUUCAUUUGUCUUCCCUUUGAAAUCAUGAAUAAAAUAGUAACUUUUAGACAGUUUAUGUACCAA